AGCGUAGCAGCCUCGAGCAGAGAAGGCACGAUCAGAUGUCAACAAAGCUGAAUGAGGGUGAAUGUUACCGAUGAUGUUUGAAUUGAGGAUUGACGCGUAGCGCCGUAAAACUGUAGAAGACUGUUGGGGGUAAAAUUUGGAUGGAGAAAAUAUUCUGGAGCGAAGAGCGACGUCCAUAAAUAAUUUGGAAACCAUGAAUUAUGUGGGUCAGCUGGCAGGUCAGGUGUUUGUGCAGGUCAAGGAGCUGUACAGAGGACUCAACCCUGCUACACUGUCUGGGUGUAUAGAUGUCAUUGUGGUCCGGCAGCCAGAUGGCUCCUUACAGUGCUCCCCUUUCCACGUGCGCUUUGGCAAGAUGGGUGUGCUGCGGUCACGUGAGAAAGUGGUGGACAUAGAGAUUAAUGGAGAGCCAGUGAGUUUGCACAUGAAGCUGGGAGAAAAUGGAGAGGCUUUCUUUGUUAAAGAGACUGAAAACAAACUGGAAGUGGUUCCGUCCUACCUGGUAACGUCACCCAUUGUGUCAAAGGGGGAGGAGUUAAUGGAGUCCCAGCUGGGCAGGGGCAACUCUCGCCAUCAUGACACUAUCCCAUGCAGCUCACUUCCUGUCCAGAACCUGGGACAAAGUGAUGGAGUGAUGACCAAGAAGAGGAGGAAAAGGAGGAGGAAGGCACGGCCGGAGGGAGGUGGAGGGGGAGCAGGAGGGAGGAGAGAGGAGAGUGGAGAAGAGUUCUCAGAGGAUGAAGACAUGUUCACUAUUGACCUGAGCUCGGAUGAGGAGAGGGAGGGGGACAGCAGUAGACCUGUGUACAGUGAUCAGGGAUCUACAGUCAACAACCACAUUCACCCCAGCACUGAUUGGACUCACUCACAGAGUAGACUGAUUAAAGAGACACUCUCCAUCCAUCAGCCCGGUGGUCUAUCCAUCUCUUGUCCUCAACAGACCUCUCAUUUCUCUCCCCUUAUUAGCAGCCCAGAUGAUUCACAGUCAUCAACACCGAAGAGCGACUCAGAGCUAACAAAUCAGUCUAAGGAGAACCCUGAGAUCCUGUGGACCUGGGGAGAGCUACCACAGGCUGCCCAGCCAUCUUUCCUGACUUCCCACCAGAAGGAUUCUGCAGCUGCUGUCUCCAUUCCGGUGUCUGCUAGCACUCACUUCAGAGCCAUCAAUGACACAGGAACUCCACGCGGUCCGGUGCCGCCGCUGGACAAAGACACUGAGGAAAACAGAAAUGGACACAUAGUCAGAGAGCAAGGGAGAGAGGUGGAAAGUGUUGGGCCAUCAUGUGUACAGAUGGAGAGUUUAACAACAUGCUCAGUGUCUCAGAGAAUUCUUCCUGAUCAUUUGGAAGAAAGCAGGAAUAGAGGAAGUUCCAUAAGAAGGACUGAUUCACCAUCCAAGAGGAAAGAAAAGAGAAGUCAACACCUGGGUGCUGAUGGUAUAUACCUGGAUGACAUUACAGCCCUGGAGCCUGAAGUUGCUGCUCUCUACUUUCCUAAAAAUGACGGAGGCAGUAGCUCGAUGAAGGGGGACUCUGAGAUGAUGAUGGUGGGUGUGCGGAGUGCUAAUCAAUCCCCACAGUCAGUGGGCAGCAGUGGGGCUGACAGUGGUGUGGACAGUUUGUCGGAUCAAAUGUGUGACCUUCCUCAUGUCGCCAUCUCUUUGUGCGGAGGACUCACUGAUAACAGGGAGAUCACAAAAGAGCAGUUUCUGGAGAAGGCUAUUUCCUACCAGCAGUUCUCUGAAAACCCUUCUAUCAUUGAUGAUCCUAACCUUGUGGUCAAAAUAGGAAGCAAGUACUACAACUGGAACACAGCUGCUCCUGUCAUGUUGGCCAUGCAGGUCUACCAGAAACCACUGCCACAGGCAUCAGUGGAGAACAUUAUGAAGGACAAGAUGCCAAAGAAAGGAGGACGCUGGUGGUUCUCGUGGAGAGGCAGGAACAGUGACUAUAAGUCAGAAUCAGUAACAGAAGCAGCUGAAGAUCAAGCAGAGAAUUCAAUCACUAUGGCCCCAGUAAACAGGUUGAAGGAUGAAUCAUCCUCAAGUGAUGAAGACCACAGAUCAUCCGAUCAGGUGUCAGGAGCCAGUCAGUCAGAUCCCCUCGAGAGUUCUGGUGGCAUUUGUUACAAGAAGACUCUUCGGCUCACCUCUGAGCAACUGGCUAGCCUGCAGCUAAAGGAGGGUCCUAAUGAUGUGGUGUUCAGUGUGACAACUCAGUAUCAAGGCACCUGCCGCUGUCAUGGCACAAUCUAUCUUUGGAGUUGGGAUGACAAGAUAGUCAUCUCAGAUAUAGAUGGAACCAUUACCAGAUCUGACACUCUGGGCCACAUUCUCCCCACACUGGGUAAAGACUGGACCCACCAGGGUAUCGCACGGCUCUAUCACAGAGUCAGCCUGAAUGGAUAUAAAUUCAUGUACUGCUCUGCAAGGGCCAUUGGCAUGGCUGAUAUGACACGAGGUUAUCUACACUGGGUCAACGAAAGGGGAACCAUGCUGCCGAUGGGCCCUGUGCUGCUCAGCCCCAGCAGUCUUUUUUCUGCUUUGCACAGGGAGGUGAUUGAGAAGAAACCUGAGAAGUUUAAGAUCGAGUGUCUCACAGACAUCAAGCACCUUUUCUACCCAAACACUGAACCAUUCUACGCUGCUUUUGGCAACAGAGCUACGGAUGUCUAUUCCUAUAAGGAGGUGGGUGUUCCCCUGAACAGGAUUUUCACUGUCAAUCCUAAGGGGGAGCUGGUUCAGGAGCACGCCAAAACCAAUAUCUCCUCCUAUGGCCUUCUGUGUGAUACAGUGGACCAUGUCUUCCCAGUCCUCAUUCAAGAUGAGGAAGCAGACUUCGCUCACUCUGACCCUUUUGACCAGUGCAGCUACUGGAACAAUGAACUUCCUGAAGGCAUCAGUCAGGGAGAAGAAGACCUGCAGCCAAUUGAGACAAGCUGAAGAAACUGCAAAAUCUAGUAUGAAGUUUGCAGCUUAACACGAAUGUGAAGAUAAAGCCAUCAAACUUUUUCUAAUAUGAUAAAUGAAAAUGGCUCCUUAACUCGCAGACAAUACUUACAAAAAAAAAAACUGUGACUGCUGAUUUUUCUGCAGAAGACCCACAGAAACAAGCUGUGCCAAAAUUUAGCAGUGAAAAUAAAAGUAGUCAUGGAAACUGAGAUAAAAACAGAGUACUGAAACUAACAGAAAACCUUAGGGUCGAUCGCUAAGAAGACUGAGUGAAAAAUGAAAGCAAGAAAAGGGAAUUUUAGAUAGAAGAAUAAACCCAAAAACAAAACUGUGAUGAAAUUCAGCAGCUGCUUGGAAAUUAAAUUAACUCACAUUUGCAAGUGUACUGAUUCAGAAUUUGCAAGUAAACUUUGCAAAGGCAUUCCAUAAAUGAUAUAACACCCCUUUAGGAUAAUAUCCUUAUAGCUUUUAGCUUUUUUGUUACACUACAUAAUGUUUCUCAGAACAUGUUGUCACUUUUUGCUGCUUCUCUAAAGGCACCAAAGCAGAACUGGUUCCUUUGAACGGUCAUCAUUCUUGCCUUCAUCCCACACCACAUCAUUCUUACUCUGAUGGUUAUUAAAUUAAAGUAAAAAUAAAAUAUUACUCACAAAUCCAGUUCAGCAUUUUGAAUCCCAGAUGGGCCCUUUGGUGCAGUUUAUUGUUUUUGAAAUAAAAUUUUUUUUAACCCACAGCAUGCAGUAUAUUCAAACAGUAAUACAGUAGUACAGUAGUAGUAGUACAGGCUUGGAAUCCUGGUUGUACUUUAACUAGUUAUGUGGCUAGGGGUUUUUUUUUCUGACUUAAGUAGAGUGGACAUUUUGCAGCAGAAAAUGGAGAUUAUGUAUGGUAAAACCAUCCAGAGCAUGCAAAAAUAGCACAGAUAGGGUAGGCAGACAUCUCUUGUGCCAAACUCCUUUGCAGGUAAAGUUAAAUGUGUGGUCUUUGACCGUGUGACUGUGAAACAUGUGGCCAUGACACAUAGUGUUCAGUGACUAUAUUCAAAACAAAUGCAGGACAAUGCAAUGAAAAUUCAGCCUAUUUUUUAACUGUACAAAAAAGGAACUUCUGUGAUAUCCUAGAAUGUAAAAUACAAAUGCCUCCUUAUUUUAAUGACUAAUGCUCAUCAAUGCAAUUACUUUAUAAGCUCAUUUAAGACUACAGUAAGUAUAUAUUUUCAGUUUUGUAAUGUAAUAUAACAUAAUGCACAGGUCAGUAUACUUCAUGUAAAGCAGUGUCCUGUAGUGGAAAUAAAGUAAAGGAAGUGUAUUCAGA